CACACAUAUACAGAGGCAUGGGGACAGGCAAUGCGUUCGAAUCGAGAAUUUUUUUUCGGUCCGUCACUGUCAUAUUCUAAAUUCGGAAUUCUAUUUUGAUUUUUUUUUUCUCCGUGGUGCGUUUUACCCAAGAACCCUUACCAGCGUACGAGAAAAAGACUAGGACAAGGAAAAUAAAACGAAAUUCAAUUUCAAUAUAAUUGGUAAUUCAGAGGGCGUAUAUUAACAGCCAAGGCAGCAGGCAGUUGGAAAAGAUUGACAACAGCUCAGAAGUUAACAACAACAAGUGCCAAAGCCGAAAACCAACAAUGUCGUCACCAUGGGCCAAGGCUAGCAGCGAACCCGUGCAGGCGGCGAGUCUGGCGGAUAUAAUGUCUGAGCAAUAUGCGCACAAAUUGCACGAUAAAGAGGUGAAGCGAUUCCAACAAAAACAAGAGCAACAGGAGAAGCAGCGCAAAGAUAGCGAAGAAGAUACCGCUAGUUACGCUGACGUUGCCAGCACUUCCAAGCCGUCCGAAGCUGGUGAUUGGCAGGACUAUUCCAUGCUGCUAAAAGAUGAGGAAGUCACACCUGAAAUCUUGGCAUUGCUGCAAGAUGAUGCUGAAUCGGAUGCAGUCAUUGCUCGUCUGCUGCAGUCACAGUUUGAUCAUGAAUAUAAUGAAGAGUUGCGUCGUAUCGAACGCCAGCAGAAUAAAGGAUCCAAAGUGACAGUGACGUUAAAUAAGUAUCUACGUGACGGCGAUACGGAAUUCCUACACGACACCGAAGAAGAGGACUAUGAGGACGAUGAGCGCCAAAAACAAGACUGGGAUCGGUUUGAAACCAACGAAAAACUGCUGGAGGCCAUACCCAAGUGUGGCUUUAAAGUAGACAAAGAGGGCGAAAUGAUAACCAAGCAUGAUCCACAGCUUUGUGGUGUGCGCAACGCACAGCGUGUCAUGAAUUUUCCACCAGAGUUUCCCACCGGCGAUGCGGCCUGCUUUGACAUGAAGCUAUCGAACAAAGUGUACAAUCAGCUCAAAGCAUAUUCACGACGUGGACGCGCCGAUCGCAAAGAGAAAGUGGCCACUGCAGAAAUGGGCGUGGAUGCCGCUACACGUCUGCUGCUCUACAAGCUUAUAAACAAUCAAAUACUCGAGAAAAUCAAUGGCAUUAUCUCCACAGGCAAGGAGGCGGUCAUUUUGCAUGCCAACUCAGAUAGAAGCUACACAGGCGCGAACGAGCAUGGCCAUGGCAAUGGUGUGCUUAUGUCUCCCGAUCUGCUGCCUAAAGAGUGCGCCAUCAAGGUCUUCAAGACCACGCUGAAUGAGUUCAAGCAGCGGGAUCGCUACAUUAAGGACGACUAUCGUUUUAAGGAUCGCUUUAGCAAACAGAAUCAUCGUGUCAUCAUCAACAUGUGGGCAGAGAAGGAAAUGCACAAUCUUAUGCGCAUGCAAAGCAUCGGACUCAAUGUACCCGAUGUGGUGGUGCUAAAGAAGCAUGUCCUGGUCAUGCGCUUCAUUGGCGACAAUCACAAUGCGGCGCCAAAGCUAAAGGAUGCACGCCUCAGUGCCGCGGAGCUAAGUUGCGCCUAUGAAGAGAUUGUUGCUGCCAUGCAUAAGCUUUAUAAUGAGGCUAAGCUGGUGCAUGCUGAUCUGAGCGAAUAUAAUAUACUCUGGUUCGAGGGUAAAUGCUGGUUCAUAGAUGUGGCCCAAAGCGUUGAGCCCGAGCAUCCCAGCGCUUUGGAGUUCCUGAUGCGCGACUGCAGCAACAUUGUCAACUUCUUUGAGAAGCGUGGACUACCUAAUAUUUAUAGCAAGGAGCAGCUCUUUGAGUUUAUAACUGCGCUUAAUACGGACACAUUAAAUGCCGCCAUGUUGGAGCGCAUACACACAAAAGGCGCCAAUGUGAGUCAGGCCACAGCGCCACAUCAAUCCGAAUGUCCAGCUGAGCUACAGCCACUGGAAUAUCCUUUUGAACUAGCCUGGGAGAAGUCGCUGCUGGAGCGUGAAGCAGCCGCAGCACUGAAACAAUUGCAGCUCAAAGAGGAAGAGGGAACAUUAGAACAAUCUACUGCCAACUCUGCAGAUUAACUAUCUUACAGGAAAAUAUUUUUGAAAAAUAUUUUGCCAAUAUUUAUUGCAAAUUAAAAU